AUGGAGACCGGCGAGACCGGCCCACCCCCACCAUCGGCGUCCGCGGCGACGAGCGUCCCGAUUGGGACAAAGGAGACGCAAGUCCCUAUCGCCGCCGCGACCUACGCCACCGCCGCGAUUCAAAAGACCAAGCAGACUCCCGAGCAGCAGACCCAACAACAACACCGUGCCAAGGCUUUGACCCAAAUGUUCGAAGUCAUGGGUGCUGUACCGGGCAAUCGCACCGACCGGUGGUUGCAAGCCACCUUCGCCACCGACGAGUACCCUGUCGCUACCGCUACAUCGCUCAAGUAUUCGGCUCUCAACGCCAAUCGAUCCAUUCGAAACAUCUUCGACUUUGCUCUCGACGUCACUUUGACCGUCCAAGGCGCCUCGAAGGCCUCUCCCGCGGACAAGGCCGAUCUGCUCGGUUGCGUCACGAGACUGCUCUCCCCGCAAUCGCCCCUGUGCUUCGACGCCGAGGUCACCCUUCCCGAGCACCUUGCGGCGUUUGCGCCCCAGAUUAGGGGUAUCCAACACUCGUCUUUCGUCAGGGCCGGUGUGGUCAACCACCGUAUCUCCGUGGGAUUCGUUUCGGCGAAGGCACGUGACUCGGCGCUUACGGCCCCACUGGCGCUUACUUGGCACUCUGCAAAGGCUCACUUCGCAAAGGCCCACCACUUCUACCACAACAUGGUCGAGCUGCGUAUCAACGUCGGUGUCGCAGCGGUCCCAUCCAGGGAUGCCAUUGUUGACUCUUUUAAAUCACGCUUUUUUUUUUUUUUUUUUUUUUUUUUUUUUUUACUGGGGCUCAUAAAUUGCAAUCCUUCGGGUUGGCUGGGACCGCUACAAAAAGAGCUAAAAGAGGUUAUAAAGCAACGACGGCAAGCAAUUGGGUGAAAGUCAAACCCCUGCGCGCAAAGAGCGCUGCGCAGAUCAAAACCCGCCGAGCACCUAACGCGGACUCCAACGGGCGGUGA